GCCGACACUUCCCGUCAAGCGAGCACUCCACCCCAAGAUGGCGACCCCUUCGAACGCAGCGGACAAGAUCGAGCACGGCUACAUGGACCUGGAAGCCCACGAGACGGCUGUGAACGGCGGGGCCCCCGUGAACACGAGCCGCUUCGCCAUCAAGAGCCCGGCCCUUCGAGAGUUCUGCGCCGAGUUCGUGGCCGUCUUCGUCAUGAUGAGCUUCGGCCUGGCCGCGACGUGCCAGUCCAUCCUGAGCAGCAGCAAGUACGGCGACUUCACGCAGAUCGUCUUCGGCUGGGGUAUCGGAGUGCUCUUCGGCAUCCACAUCGCCGGCGGCGUCUCCGGCUCGCACCUGAACCCGGCCAUCACGACCACGGCGGCGCUCUUCGGCAUGUUCCCGUGGAAGAAGGUGCCGACCUACAUUGCCGCGCAGACGCUGGCCUCGUACCUGGCCGCUCUGUUCGUGUACGUGCUCUACCGGCCGCUGCUCAACGUGGCCGACCCGGAGAGGCAGACUACGCACGCCAUCUUCGCGACCUACCCGAACGAGUACGUGCCCACCUCCGUGGCCUUCCUGACCGAGAUGUUCGCGACGGCGCUGCUGGUGGGCGGUAUCUUCGCCGUGCUGGACCAGCACAACCGCCCGGCCAGCCCGUUCAGCGCCCCGAGCGCCGUGGCGCUGCUGGUGGUCGGUAUCGGCAUGGCCUUCAGCGUCAACACCGGCUGCGCCAUCAACCCCGCUCGCGACUUCGGCCCUCGCCUCAUGAUGCUGACGGCCGGCUGGGGAACACGAGUUUUCUCGCUCGAUAGUUACUACUUUUGGGUCCCCAUUGUUGCCCCCACCGUCGGCGGCGCGCUCGGCGGGCUUGUGUACGUGGUGCUCGUGGGCCACCACCACCCGCAAAAGGUCACCGUCGUCCGCAAGCACGGCGAGCAGUUCCACUUCUAAGGUGUUGAGUACUGUAUGGUGCCAAGCCGCCACGAGGGCGUGCAUGUAAGAGAGUUGAAUCGUUUCCUGCGCUUGCAGUUGCUAACAUGAAGAAGAAUCC